AUGGUGAAUCAGUUCAUGCAAGAAAUGGAGACCAAGUUUGAAAUGUCAGAUUUGGAUGAAAUAAGUUACUUUCUGGCAAUGGAGAUUCAUCAAGCUACUGAUGGAAUCUUCAUUUCUCAGAGAAAAUAUGCAUGGGAUAUUCUUAAAAGGCUCAAGAUGGAGAGGUGCAAGCCUAUACCAACCCCACUGGUUCACAAUGAAAAGAUUUCGAAGUUUGAAGGAGGUGACAAGGCUGAUCUAAUAGUUUAUAGAAGUUUGAUUGGUAGUUUGGUGUAUUUGACAGCAACAAGACCUGAUCUCAUGUUCGCGGCAAGUCUACUAUCGAGGUUUAUGCAAACUCCAAGUCAAGUUCAUCUUGGUGUUGCUAAACGAACAUUGAUAUAUAUCAAAGGAACUGUUGAUUAUGGCAUGUUCUCAUGGAAUUCAAAGAAGCAAGAGGUGGUAGCUCAACCUUCUGCAGAAGUAGAAUACAUCACCGCUGCUGGUGCAACUAAUCAGUCUUUAAGGUUAAGAACGAUUCUACGUGAUUAG